UCGGCAAUGACAACGGCGACGAGCAAGGCGAGCAAGACACGGGUGAUCCUCGUCGGCGUGGGGGGCGCAAGCUGCGCCGGCAAGACGUCGCUCGCGAAGCAUCUGCGGAGACUGCUCUCGCCGCACGCGGUCCUGCUGCACAUGGACGACUUUGCGCCGGCCUCGGAAGACGUGCCCAUCUCGAAAGAGCACGGCAUCCAGGACUGGGACGACCCCGAGACGUGUAUCCUGUGGCCCAAGGCGCGCGCCGCCAUCGCGCAGAUCAAGAAGACGGGCCACCUGCCGCCGGGGCACACGAGCAACGACCACCUCAACCAGCUGAGCGCGGUCGGCAUCGAGCCCGAGGCCGAGGCGUACUGGACGGCCGAGCUGCGCCGCGUCGCCGAUGACAGCGCCGCGCGCGGCGAGGACAUUGUGUGGGUGCUCAUCGACGGCUUUGUGCUCUACUACGACGCCGAGGUGGCGUCGCUGCUGGAUGUCAAGCUGUUCGUCCAGGUGCCGUACGACGUGCUCAAGGCGCGGCGGGAGAAGCGGUCGACGUAUGCGCUGCAGAACCCCGACUCGAUCGGCGAGGUGUGGACCGACCCGCCAAACUAUUUCGACAACAUAGUGUACCCGGGCUACCUCAAGGCCCACGCGCACCUCUUCGCCAACGGCGACGUGGAGCACGGCGCCCUGCUCCCCGGUACGGGGAUCACGGUGCUCCGGCCUGGCGAGGGCGUGCCGGGCAUGACGAAGAUCGUGUCGCAGGCGUGCGAGGUGCUCGUUGAGGAUGUCAAGGACGGGAAGAAGGUGUUUGUCGAGGCGGCGUAGAUUAGACGGAGACGGAGACCAGUACAGAAGAAGAUACAUAGAUGCGAGUGUCUUGCAGCA